CAGGCCCUUGUUGUCAGCACGGGGACUUGAGAUUAGUAAACUACAAAGGUGAAGUUUCUUAAAGACUGAAAGUAGAGCACAACAGACUUUUGUGCCAAGCUCCUAGUUUUACAGGUCUUCAUUUCUGACACAACCCGUGGUUCUAGGAAGUAUAAAUAAAUUAGUGGUUCUUUAACCACUGAGAUAAUCCAUUUCUAAAUUGUGAAAUUAAACCACAGUUAAUAAAUAAAUGCUUUUUACACUUUGUACAGCUUGUGUGCUUUGUGUGUGAGCCAGUUGUCAUUGUAAACAUCAGACCCCUCUGAGUGUCUGCCCAUCUAUCUCUGUGUGUGUGCGUGUGUGUGUGUGUGUGUGUGUGUGUCAUCUGUUGAUGACCUCACUUCUAUGGGAUUAGUGACCACAUGACAACACUGGGUUGGACGCCUAGUGAGCCUUUCAUUUGGCUUCACUUGCAGAGGCGGUGUGUGUGUGCCGUCCCACAGUUCACUGAGAGCUGGAGAUUUCUAAACUUAAUUUCUGUGGAUCUGUAAAUGAAGUCUAAAUCGGACAGACUGGGAGCUCAGUUGUGAUGGCGCAAGACAUCACCAAUUUAUCUGGAGAGGACUAUUUUGAGGGGAAAUCACCCUGUUGUUCAGACACAGAAGCUUUGAGUCAAGGAGACAAAGAAUAUGAUGAUAUUUUGGAGCUUAAUCAGUUUGAUGGACUGCCUUAUUCUUCCAGGUUUUACAAAUUGCUGAGAGAAAGGAAAGCUCUGCCAGUGUGGAAAGCAAAGUGUGAAUUCAUGGACACUUUGGCCAAAGGACAGUUUGUCAUUGUCAGUGGCUCUGCUAAAACUGGGAGAAGUUCUCAAAUUCCCCAGUGGUGUGCUGAAUUCUGCCUGUCAGUCCAGUUCCAGCAUGGCAUGGUGGUUUGCACCCAGAUUCACGCACAGCAGGCUGUAGAUCUCUCCUUAAGAGUGGCUGAUGAGAUGGAUGUUAACAUUGGCCAUGAGGUCGGUUACAGUGUCCCUUUGGAAACAUGCUGCACUAAUGAUACAGUCCUCAGGUACUGCACAGAUGACAUGCUCCUGAGAGAGAUGAUGUCAGACCCUUUGCUUGAGCACUAUGGUGCGAUAGUCGUGGACCAGGCUCACCAGAGGACCGUAGCCACGGAUGUACUGCAGGGUUUACUGAAGGACAUCGCCCUGCAGAGGCCAGAGCUCCGCGUGGUCCUCCUCACAGCCGUCGAACCCGACCCCAAGCAGCUGGCCCACUUUACCGGGUCAGCGGUGCCUCUGAUCCGCCUGGAGGGUGCGGGCAUGGGGGAUGUAGUGUACAGCAGCACAGGUGACAGCUACUUCUGCUCUGCCGUCCGUCUGGUGCUGGAGAUCCACCACUCAGAAGAGGAAGGAGAUGUGGUUGUGUUUUUGGUGACAAAUCAGGAGAUAGAUCUGGCCCAUGACAUCCUGUGUAAUGAGGGACAUAGCUUACCCCCUGAUCUGGGUAAGCUCCUGCCCGUUGCUGUGCACCCUGGCCAGCCUGGGAAUCCACCAAUCCUGGGGGAGGAGGAGACAGGCCAGGCCCGCAGAGUAUUCCUCACAUCCAGUCCAAACGAGGACUUCUUCUGGGCUGUUAGCUCAGUGCGCUUUGUCAUUGAUGCCGGGCUUGAGAAAAGAUCUGUUUACAACCCCAGAAUCAGAACAAACUCAGUUGUCAUUCAGCCUAUCAGCAGCGGUCAGGCCAAGAGUCGGAAACAGCUGGCAGAUCCAAAAGGCAAGUGUUUUUGUCUGUACCCAGAGGACAGACAGCUUCCCGGUGAGAAACGCCCACACAUCGUGGAGUCUGACAUCACUUCCACUGUGCUCUUCUUGAAGAGGAUGGAGAUCGCUGGACUGGGCCACUGUGACUUCAUCGACAGGCCAGAUCCUGGAGGCCUAAUGCAGGCCUUGGAGGAGCUAGACUACCUGGCAGCUCUGGAUAAUGACGGCAACCUGUCUGAGAUGGGCAUUAUCAUGUCCGAGUUCCCUUUGGAGCCCCAAAUGGCCAAGACUCUGCUCGCCUCCUGUGAGUUUGACUGUGUCAGCGAAGUGCUCAUCAUUGCUGCCAUGCUAACAGCACCAACUUGCUUCAUGAUUCCCUCUGUGGACCUGAAGCCAGAGGCAACCCAGUGCCACAUGAAGUUCCAGCACCCGGAGGGAGACCAUUUCACCCUUAUCAAUGUCUACAAGGCCUUUAAACAGUGGCAGCAGGAUCCAUACUGUAAUGUGGAGAAGUGGUGUCAGGACCUCUACCUGAACCACGCUGCUUUGCUCAUGGCUGACGCUCUUCGCACUGAGCUCACUGACACUCUGAAGAGAAUUGAGCUGCCCAUCUCAGAUCCUGCCUUUGGUUCCCGAAGCAACACCCUCAACAUUAAGAGAGCCCUGCUGGCAGGUUUCUUCAUGCAGGUGGCGCGGGAUGUGGAUGGAUCAGGGAACUAUUUCAUUCUGACCCACAAGCAUGUGGCGCAGAUCCAUCCUCUGUCUGGCUACGGGGCAAAGAGCCCCAAGCUGGGCCUGCCGGAGUGGGUGCUGUUCCAUGAGCACUCCUUCUCUGAGGACAACUGCCUCCGCACAGUAACCCACAUAACGCCGGAGGAGUUCAUUCAGAUGGCACCGCUGUAUUAUUUCUACAAUCUACCGCCUAGUGAGAGCAAAGACAUCCUCCAAAACAUUUUGAACCAUGGAGCUUCUCAGUACCAAGAGCAGAAACCUCCAACCUUCCAAGAGGAGCCCCAGGAGAACCAGACUUAUGAUCGCUGUAUUAUACAGUGACUAACUGUUCCCAGUGGUGGUGGGAAAAUUACCAGUAGGACUUGCACUGUACUGUACAAGAGCACGUUGUCUGGAUAGCUAUAUAAUUGAUCAUAUAAUUUAAUUUCCUUUCAUCUGUGCCAGUCAUUCCUCAUUUUUGUCACAAUAUCAUGUCUUGUAUUUAUCUUUAGUUACAAAGUGCACCAUUAUAUAAAACAAUAAGUGCUGUU